GGGAUGCUGAUAAUGAAAAUAAUUCGGGUGUUUUGAAUUCGGAUAGACAACGUUCUCCAGAAAUUUUACAGGAAGGUAUUGUGAAGAAGCGAAGAAUUAGCGACGGGAAAAUUGUUGUAACCAAAGCGGUGGUUAAACAAGACGAAGAAACUGAACCAAAAUCGAAGUAUAAACAGUUAAGUAGAAAGGAUAUUAUCGAGGAACGAUUAGACGAUGUGGAGUUUUAUUAUGAGAAAGGUUUGCGUAAAGUAAAACCAUACUAUUACGAAUAUCAGACAUUUGCCAAAGGUAGAUGGCUGGGCAAAAGCAUAUUUGACGUUUUUUGUGGCGAGUUUCGUGAUAGGGGAAAAGAAUAUUAUGCAUACGCAAUAGAAAAGGGACUCAUAACCUUGAAUGGUAAAAUUGUUACUAAACUGACAAUUGUGAAAAACCAAGAUUUGAUAACACAUAAAAUACAUCGUCAUGAGCCGCCUAUUACCGCUGAUGCAAUUAAAGUCUUGCAUAGAGAGACGGAUUAUGUCAUAGUUGAUAAGCCCGCAAGUAUUCCUGUUCAUCCAUCUGGAAGGUAUCGUCAUAAUACGGUAAUACACAUAUUGCAAAAGGAACACGGAUUCCCUGCCCUUUUUCCUAUGAACAGGUUGGAUCGGUUGACCUCCGGCAUAAUGAUAUUGGCAUUAAAUAAAGAAAAAGCUCGUGAAUUUGAGAAACUGAUGCAGAAUCGAGAAAUUCGAAAGGAAUACGUUUGCCGGGUAUUGGGGGAAUUUCCGAUAGGAGAAGUUAAAUGCGAUCAACCAAUAAAAACAGUGUCCCAUAAACUUGCAUUAAAUUUAGUUCAUCCGGAUGGUAAACCGUUAACGGGAAGAACACAUCAAAUUCGCGUUCAUCUACAGUACCUUGGUUAUCCCAUCGCGAAUGACCCAUUGUACGCACACCCCCGAAUAUGGGGUCCCGAACGGGGCAAAGGAGGCACGGACACGAAUGUUGCUGAAUAUAUAAUUGAGAAGUUCAAUAAAGAGUUUGUAUGUGAAGAGAAUCUAGUUGUGUUUGACGAAGGUAUGUUUCUAGCAAACAAGGAAAAAUCGGUUGAUGGGAAAAGAAUUGAUGCAAACCCUACGGACAGAUCAAAUAACGAUCUACUGAAAGAUUCCAACUCAUUGAAUGGAGGAAUUUGUGAAGAAUGCACAAUUUCAUAUCAUCCAGACCCCAAACCCAAUCAAUUAUUGAUUUGGCUACAUGCAUUUAAAUAUGAAUGUGACUUAUGGAGUUAUGAAAGUGAGUUGCCUACAUGGGCCAAUGAGGAUUUCGAUGGGGAUUUGGAAUUUAACAAGGAUCCUUAA